AUGACAUUUUUAUUAGCGGGACAUGAAACUACAAGUAAUGCAUUAAGUUGGGGUUUCUAUUUCCUUGCAAAACAUCCACGCGAACAAGAUUUAUUGCGUGAAGAAUUAGUUAAAGCUUUCCCUGACAAUUCAACAUUUGACCCCACAUUUGAUGAAAUCAAUUCUUUGGAAUAUUUAAAUUGCAUAACUAAAGAAGUAUUAAGAUUAGUACCUCCAUUAAUUGGUGCUGCUCGAUAUACUACCGAAGACAGAGUCCUUGGUGGACAUUUUAUUCCAAAGAAUACUCAAAUUGAUAUCCCGAUUACAGCACUUCAUCGAUCACCUUCAAUAUGGGGACCAACUGCAAAUGAAUUCGAUCCCAAAAGAUGGUUAAAUCCUUCUUUAAUUAAAAAUGUCACAAAUUAUAAUUAUUUACCUUUCCUUACUGGUGCUAGAUCUUGUAUAGGUAUGAAAGUAGCCACAAGUGAAUUUAAAAUAGUAUUAAGCAUGUUGAUUAGAAAUUUCGUUUUUCAAACUGGACCACUUGUUAUGAAGAAAAAACCCGGUUUCCUUAGCAAACCUGAUCCAUACCUCGAAUUAAUUGUUUCUAAAGUAGAAAUUUAA